CGGAGAAACACCAUGGCUUCCCCGACACAACCCGAUAUGGAGCUCAAAAAAGCUGUCAAGGAGCUGAAGCAGAAGAUGAUCGAGUCUCGGCGGAAGAUGAACAUUGCUGAGAUGCAGGUGAAUCAACACAAAGUCCUCGUACAAAAGAACGCUUUGAUCAAAAAUGUGAUUUCCUCCUACCCCGACGAGAGCCGCAUGUUCGAAUCGGUCGGAAGAAUGUUCAUGCUGAGCAAUAAGAAAGAUUCCUUGACCAGGCUGGAUGAGCGGAGCAAGCUGGCGCGGGAGAAAAUCGAAACUUUGGAGGGGAAUCAGAAAUAUUUAGAGAAGAGUCUUAAAGAUAGCGAAAACAAUCUCCGUGAGAUGAUCGCGAGCAAAAAGGCUGCCGUCUGACGAUUGAGCCGUUCUGUUUAUUUGUAAAAAAAAUCCUAAUGGUGUCUCCCCUUUCAAUAAAGCAGAACUGGGCACAUUCGUGCUCAUGAGUGAA